UUCCUUCGGCCUUUCGCCAUCCUCUUUCCCCAGCGGUUGUUGGGCAACGUCCGCUGCGGCCGGGGGAUAACAUGUCGAAUAUAGAGGUCUACGAGCUGGUCGCGACUGCUGCAAUCUCUGCAGCUGACCUUUUUCUGGAGCACGAACAAGAAGAGCUCUCCUUUGACCUUACUCCUUGGCACUCUUCGCGACUUUGCAUGAACUUUACUGAGCACCACAGAGGGAACUCCUUGGGUUUGGCCUGUUAAUUCCGCCCGCUUUCAGCGUCAUCCCGCCGUUCUGAUGGGUGAGCAGCAGCCCGUCCCGGAUGAUGAAAGGCGGACUACACCCUGCACUGGUCACCUGUCAAUCAACCACAGGCCGAAUGUGAACGGGCCAUAGAUUCCACUCAGGACUUGUUUGGCGUGAGCAUGAUCAUCCCGCUGCUGAGUCAUCACGUCAAAGCUCUGGGCGCUAGUCCUACUGUUGCUGGUAUUGUAGGGUCCACAUAUGGCGUCCUGCAGCUCUUCUCAAGCACAAUCGUGGGCGGCUGGAGCGACGUUGUGGGUCGCCGUCAGUCUCUGUUGACCUGCCUGCUGAUCAGCGCUCUGGGCUACGGCCUGCUGGGAAUGUCCACCAGCAUCGCUUUGUUCGUGCUCUCACGGAUUCCUGUCGGGCUGUUCAAGCACUCCCUGUCCAUCUGCAGAGCGCUGCUGUCCGACCUGGCGUCUGAGGCAGAGCGCCCUCUAGUGAUGGGACAUUUCAACGCCGCCUCCAGCGUGGGCUUCAUUCUGGGCCCCAUGGUGGGCGGCUACCUCACGGAGCACGAGGGCGGCUUCUACACCUCGGCCACGGCCUGCGCCGCCAUCUUCCUGCUCAACGCAGGUGUGGUGUGGAUGCUUCCAUGGAGGGACAUCCUGCUUCACUGCAACAAGUCUGUGAGCAACGGUUCUUCUGCACAUGGCCACGCCCCCGCGCACUCUGACCCCGCCCUCCACAUGCAAGAGAAAGAGGCGGGGGCCGGGCGGUGGGUGUCCUUGCUGCAGCCCGCCUGGCGACAGCUGUCCUCCGUGGGCUCCCGCAUCCGCCUGGUGGCCUCCUCCGACAUGUGGGACCUCUUCUUGGUGCGCCUGCUGAUGGCGGUGGUCAUCAUGCUCUACUACAGCAACUUCUCCCUCGCCAUGGAGGAGCGCUUCUCUCUCAAGCCCAAGACCACGGGCUACCUCAUCAGCUACAGCAGCACGCUGGGGGCGCUGGCGGGCUUCCUGGUGGGGCCCCUCACCCAGCUGUACGCCCGCAACAUGGCCGCCCUGCUGCUCCACUCCACGCUGCUCACCUGCGCGCUCAUCUUCCUGUACGCCGCCGCCCCCGGCGUGUGGCAGGUGCUGCUCACCUCCACCUUCUUCGCCAUCUCCACCACCGUCGGCCGCACCGCCAUCACGGACCUGGAGUUGCAGAGGGGAGGGGCGCGGGCCAGCGGGACCCUGAUCGGAGCGGGACAGUCGGUGACGGCCGUGGGUCGCGUGCUGGCUCCUCUUCUCUCGGGCGUCACUCAGGAGUUCAGCCCCUGCGGUCCCCCCAGCUUGGGAGUGCUGUUGGCGCUGGCGGCUGUAGGCGUCCUCCUACUUAGGAUCCCCAAAUGGACCAGAGUCCACUAAAAUGGACAAACACUAAGUGAACUAAGACUGCUCUGAACUCCGCCUGCUGUUGAGAUGAACACUUUUUUUUAAAAGGUUUGAAAUGUCUUGUAAGCAUCACUCAAUUGUUGAACACAUUUAAUAAAUAUCAUUUUCUAUACAUCACACAUUAAUACUAUUUAUAAAGAAUCUUUGAUUCAUUCAUAUGUAUUUUUUUCCCUUUUUUGCAGAAGGCCCCUAAAAAACAGCGGACUAUUGCUGUCAUAAUAAGGAUCUUUGUAUUUUUGCAUUAGGCCCAUAAAAAUAGCAGAGCACUCCUGUCAUUUAAAAGGACAUUUCAUUUUUUAUUUGUUU